UUGACUCGCUUGACUGAUGAAUACAUGAGUGAUAUGCUUGCAUUUGUGCUCCCUAGAACCUCUCUGGACCCAUGUGUGGUCCAUUUUAGACAGAUGAUUAUUCUAUCUGAGAUAUUAGAGGGCCGCCUCUACUUGCUGUGACUGAAUAACACUUUUCUUCCUCUGCAGUGUUUCUUCCUCUUUGUUGAUUCUAUCAGGACUGUUACAGGAUAUGUGUGGUGAAGCAUGACCGAGAACUGGGGUUUCCUUUGAGGUAACUGUAGACUCGGUAGCAUUAAUAUGGGAAUCAUCAGUAGACAGAUAAUCUCUCGUGUGAUUUUGUGGAGUAGAGAGACAGUUGGAGGAAGUACCCAGUUUAACUGGAGAAUUAAAUUAAAGCUGCACCGAAACAGGGCUAUCCUCGAUUCUUCUGUAGAACUCAUGUUUUCACGUCUCUCCUUCGACUGUGUCCUGCUGCUGCUGCCACUACUUACAAGAUCUUUGGAAGGGCGAUACAUAUUCGAGGUGGGUCAGAAUGCCGUUUUGCCCUGCUUCUACUCUCCAGCCGCCUCAGUAAAUCACGUGCCUGUUUGCUGGGGCCAGGGAUCCUGUCCUCUGUUACAAUGUUAUAAUACAGUGCUCAGCACUGAUGGAAGUCACAUCAACUACCAGAAAUCCAGCAGAUAUCAGCUAAAGGGAUAUUUACAUGUAGGAAAUGUGUCCCUGACCAUAGAGAAGGUGACUUCAGCAGACAGCGGGACCUACUGCUGCCGGGUACAAUUCCCAGGCCCAAUGAAUGAUCAAAAAUUAGCCCUGGAGUUGGUCAUCAUACCAGCCAAGGUCACCACAGCUCGGACCCCUCGGAGGAACUUCACUGCAACUGUGCCGAGGAUGCUCACCACCAAGGGUCAUGGCUCAGCAGAGACACAGACACGGGAGACCCUCCAUGGCUGUAAUCAAACGCAGAAAUCCACAUUGGCUAAUGAGUUACAAGACCCUACAGUGACCACGCAAAUAACCAUCUACAUCGGAAUAGGGAGCUCUGCAGGGCUGGCUCUUGUUCUCAUCUUUGGUGCUUUAAUUCUCAAAUGGUAUUCUCAUAAGAAAGAGAAGCUACAGAACUCAAGCCUUGUCUCUAUGGCCAACCUCCCUCCCUCAGGGUUCGUAAAUGCAGUAGCAGCAGGGAUGCACUCAGAGGAAAACAUCUACACCAUUGAGGAGAAUGUUUAUGAAGUGGAGGAUUCAGAUGAGUAUUACUGCUACAUCAGCGACUGGCAGCGGCCCUGACAACUCUGGGUGUUACCUUUCAAGUCUUUGGAAUCUCAUGCCAUCAGAUCCAACCACUUCAUUUUUGUGCUCAUUGUUAUCUUUCUCAAAAACUAUGAAAUGUGUCAGCUGACUGGUUUUAUAGGUGCUGUCCAAGUUCACAGAGCAGUUUCCACAUUUUCUGAAGAUAAUUGGCUCACAUGGGUAUUGGACUACACUGAACUUGGAUGGGUGCUUCAUUACCCAACCCAGGGGCAGCUACUCAGAGUAGUUAGAGCAGGAAUGGGCUUUUAUAUGGAUUAAAAAAAAAAAAUUGCUGUAGAGUAGAUUCCGACUCAUAGCAACCCUAUAGGA